AUGUCGAGUCCCAUGGAAUUGUUCCUUAUUCAAGACGAAGCCAAGUCAUCAUGGCGCUUUGCCAUGACGGCAGACGUCGUCAAGUUUUUCUUCCGGGAGCACAAAAAGUUACGAUGCCAGGCUCGCGCAACGACUACGUACAACAAACUCUGUGGUCAUACUCUAGUCAAAAAUCGAAAGUUGAUCGAAAAACACCUGCAAUCUAUACAUACUAUGGCGAUACCAUCUGGUGACUUCAACCGGGUUGUCUUGACUCUUUCGGAUAUCGCUCUUUGCAAUAGAGUAGGACAUAAGGGCCUGGUCAAAGUACAAGAGGUACGCAACGACUGGUGCAAGAAACUACGGUCCAGCUGCACGCUAGGUAGCCAAGAGAAUAAUGGCACAGCCAUUGAGUGCCACGCUGAGUGGGAUCAGCAUGGUACCUCGAAAUGUUGGAUGAACGGAACCUCAGACCAAUCUCCCAAGCUUCAUCAGCCAAUCACACUCGGACCUCUUCAGCCGGCUGGAAUAGAUCGUAACAAUCAAGAAUCACAACACGAUGUCGGCGAAUAUUCGGAACAACAGCCAGUCUACAGCGAUGGGGAGGAGGACAAGAAAAGUUUGGGAUCAUUUGGCGGACCUCACGCUAGGUUGGAUAAUUCAAACAUUCCAAAAAUGCCUGAAUUUCCUCCUCAUGGUCAGCCUCGCUACGCUAAUAGCAAAGGGGAGCACACGAGCCAAGUUCUGCCGUCUGUCAUUCAUCCCACACAAGACUUCACCACACCCAAGAAACACAGACAGCGCCCAGAACUGUACAGAAGCGAUUAUUACACUCUGCCGAUCUCAGAAACUUUCCACCUUGGCGAAAAUCCGUGGGCUCAGUCCUCAUUGGACAGUCCAGAUGCCGGCAGCUCUCCCGGUUCUUCAGAUGUUACGUCCUCGCCGCUCUCCGCAUAUCCUUUCCCAAGCACUAUAUUCGACGAGCCAACCGCAUAUUCCACCAUACAAGAUACACCCCCAACAGAACUAAACGAAACCUCGCGCAUGUGGGACGCGCCUCCUUCUCGCCACUUUAAUGAUGGACAAUCUCCAUCACUUCAACGUUGGCAAACUGGAGUCACUCCAUUAAUAUACCGAGAAGAUGCGGCAAAUAAGACAUCCCCUCCUACAGGAUUUGGAAUAGACGAAGAUAGCAACUUCGAAAUUUGCGAUGGUAACAGAGUCUGGUCCAACAACUACAAGGAUGUGUCGAAACUUCUCUUUAAGAGAAGUGAUCCACGGAAGAAUGGUCACGAUCCGUUUUUGGAUGCAAAUUUGUUAGGGGCCGUCAAGAGAGCACAGACCCUUCCAAUCCACAUCCUCAAGGAUCGUACUCCCAAAUGGAUCCAGCGGCGCCCUGAGCGGCGAUGCUCGAUACACGAACUUCCGGCUCGUCAAGUACUCAGAUCAGCUCUCACAUCUGAUGAGCCGGCUGUCCGUGUGUUCCGGCAGCGGCACAGGCGGGACUCACUUCCUCUUAACAUCUCCAGCGAGGAUGUCCUCCUUCGAUUCCACAAUGCAGAUGACGGUGCUUUCGCAGAAAAAGCUGAGCUUCAAACGUAUAACAACGAGGUUGAUUCGGAGGAUGACUAUGACGAAGAAGAGAUUGAAAUAACAGAUGACCACAAAAUUGUCGGGACAACCACAACCACCCACACUAGUUGCAUCCAGACUGGAUCCUCGCCAACGAAACUCAAACCAUCUUAUCCUGUUUUUGAGCGCUUUCAGUUGUCAAAGAACCCCUUGCGCGAAUUGUGCAUAGAGAUGCGUGAUGCCAUCAAUAAUGAGAAGGUCUCUAGACCGGGCUAUAUUUAUUGCUACGAGCAUAGAAAUCAACCUGGCCAUAUCAAGAUUGGUCAUGUCCGAAUCCCAGAAGACCGAUAUGAACGAGAUUUAGCCACAUGCACCAACUUACUACACCAGUCAGCAUUGGAGAGCAAAGCCACACAAAGCCCGACGCCACCACACAGUGUGAUUACGCGCUUGAAAAAAUGGAAUCAUUGUGGAUACGAUAUUCAUUUAUUAUACUGGUCCUCUGUGGUCUAUGGUGCAUGGAAAAUUGAGAAGUUGGUGCAUGGGCAACUUGCAGAGUAUCGCGAGAAAGUGGUCAAGUGUGAGGGGUGUAACAGAAAGCACGUCGAGUGGUUCCAGGUAGACCUGCAGACAGCCAAAAAUGCGGUGGACAUGUGGUGCCAGUUCGCCGGACUACGGCCAUACGAUUGUGGAAUGCUUAAAAUGCCUUGGCAGAAAAUAUCAUUCCCAGGAUGCGGUUUCAAGUCGACCAUAACGGUGGAAACACUUUCUGGAUUUCUUGACUGCAUGGGUCUGUAUUUAGAAUCGGAGAAGACUACUAUGAAUAAUGAGGCAAACAGCGGAUGA